AUGCCCGGUCCGAGCGCCGGUACUGACGCGCACAUUCUCGAUCAGGAACUCGCGUACCUCGUUCCCCCAGCGGCUGGCACAGUUUGGCAGCGACUGGCACCCGUGCAGAGCAAGCUCCGAGGUCCACACGAGCACGCUGACGGCACAGACAUGGCCGACGCCACUGCAGCAGCUCCUGACGCCGCCACCGCCCUCGACGCCGCGUCCGACUCGGUCUCUUUUUUCGCCAACAUCCUCACCCCAGGCUCCUCCUUCCACCCGACCUUCCUCCUCAUUGCCGAUGCCGCCUUCCUGGGCCUCUUCUUCGUGCUUCUCGCCCUUCUCUUCGUAACAAAAAGCCUGCACUUCGCGGUACUGAUCCUAGUAGAGGCCGGACUGUGGCUUAGCGUGAAAUGGUUCGUGAAUGAACUGAGGAAGACUGAGAUGGAAGCCCGUGCUUCGGCUGAGAAGAAGGAUACAUGA